AUGAAAUCUCUUCGACGCAAUCUCAAAGUCUUACAAAAACCAUUUACCAAUGGAUCCAGUAACAUAUCCGCGAGUUCCACGCUCAUUCAUGACGACGGUGAUAAAGAGCAUUUCGAUGCGCACGAGGACCCGGAUAGUAACAACGAUGACGGCUGGAAAGGGCCUAUUGGACUAAAUCUUCUUCAUGAACCCGAGAACCCUCGUGUUGAUCUUAUUUUCGUUCAUGGCCUAGGUGGUGGCUCGAGGAAGACCUGGAGCCUAACGAAAGAGAUGAAGCACUUUUGGCCGAAGAGUUGGCUUCCAGAGGACCCGGCAUUCAAGGAUGUACGCAUACAUAGCUUUGGGUACAGUUCCGAUUGGCACAAGGGCAAAGAUAAUGCAAUGAACAUCCUUGACUAUGCUAUGUCAUUACUCACGGCGAUAGAGCUACGCCCAGGCUUUGGCAUACAUGCUUGCUCGAUUAAAUCCACAGACGACGAUAUAGCUAAACGGAUUUGCACUUUUUAUUUCAUCGCCACUCCGCAUUUGGGUUCUGAUUCGGCCGAGCUUUUGACCAAGAUUUUCCAUGUCGCGUACGGUUCUCGUUCCUAUGUCUCGGAUCUUGAAAGACGCUCGUCAACGAUUAUGGACAUCAAUGGCCAAUUUCGCCUUUAUGCAAGCGAUCUUGAGAUUUGGUCAUUCUACGAAACUAUGCCUCUUACCAUGGGGUUUUUCAGUAAAAUUAUUGUUAGCAAAGACUUUGCCAUACUCGGAUACCAGUCGGAGAAACAAAUCCCUAUGACUGCUGAUCACCGGUCAAUCUGCAAAUUCAACACGGCAGCUGAUACGAACUACAGAACUAUUCGAGAUGCUCUCGCAUUGACCGUUCGUGGUCUUACAAAAUCAGGCCAACGGUUAAAGGAAAAGCGAAAGUACGAACAAAUGAAAACUUUAAGAGAAUACUUGGGGGUGUCCUCAGCACCAAAGGAAGACCUGACUACUGUCCAAGAUUCUCGUCUACCUGGAACCUGUGAAUGGCUUUCCACGACAGCUAGCUACCUUCGGUGGAGAAACAAUUCCACCAAGGGCCCAUCCAUUUAUUGGCUAAGUGGAAAUCCAGGGGUCGGAAAAUCUGUUCUCGCGGGCUACGUGAUCGAAAUGCUAGAAGAGAUGGGCUCAGAUAUGGCGAGUAGGAAUGAAAGGGUGAAAGAUAUGCUACUGGGAAUGCAUUCGGAUGGUGUAGAGUUUGAUAAAGGAGAUGAGCGUACCAUAUGGAGAAAGGUAUUCCUCUCCGGGGUAUUUCAGACUACCAUUUCGCCGCAAUAUUGGAUAAUUGACGCCCUUGACGAGUGUGCCGAUUUCGCUUCCUUUUUCGGCCUAAUGCUAGCUAAACUGGAUGAUUCUCUACCGCUUCGUAUCCUAAUUACAAGCCGAACAACUGCUGGCCUGCAGAGACAGUUUUCUAGUCUUGGCAGUGAGCGCCUUUUUUGUGAACAAAUUUCUGCAGCAGAUACACUGCAUGAUAUCAGAGUGUUUGUUGACGACCAGUCAAUGUUGCUCGAGGUAGACUCGAAUCACAGGGUUUCUUUGGUUGAACGGAUUCUGGAAAAAUCGAAUGACAGCUUUCUAUGGACGGCAAUAGUUCUCCAAGAGCUACUAAAAGUUCACGGUCAGGAGGAUAUCAAUCAAGUGUUGGAAGAAGUGCCUCAAGAGAUGGAACCACUCUAUCUCAGAAUACUUGAAUCAAUAAUUCAAAUAGUGUAUAUCACAGUAAGAGAAUUCCUCGUAAAGGGCGGGCUCCAGUCUGAGUUCGCAGUCGAUGUAGAAGAAACACACACCCGGAUAGCUAAAACUUGCCUUGUCUACCUGACGGGUCCAGAGAUGGACCCUCCUCCACCCCGCAUGCGCACUCCUACUUUAGUCGAACGGAAAAGGAGAUCGGAAUUUGCAGUAUAUGCCAUUCACUCAUUUUCGGACCACCUUGCUCAUUCUAACCCGGUUGCCGAUGAAGUUCUUGACCUUCUGGAGACAUUCCUGGGCAAGAAUGUACUCUCCUGGGUGCAGGCUAUUGCCGAGAACCAAGACCUCACCCCGAUGUUCAGUGUCUCGAGGAACCUUAGCACGUAUCUUGACAACCUUUUACGGGCUCGGCGUUUGGAGGAUAGUAGAAGCCAGGUUAUUCGUGAUUGGACAAAAGAUCUCAUCCGGAUCGCAACGAAAUUUGGUGAUGCUAUGUUGAGCUCGCCCUGUGCGAUUCAUCGGGUAGUCUUCCCAUUUUGUCCGGUGGAAUCUUCAGUGUACGGAGCAGCGGUCGGCGACAAGGGUGCUUUGACUCUCGGAAGUCUGAGUACCAUCAAGCGAUUAGAGACUUACCAGUUUGAAGACAACCAAAGAAGUCUGUGGAAUAGAAUGACGUCUUUCUUUUUCGUGAUAUUACAGUUUGGACUUACGUUUCUCAGUUGGCUGGCGAUUUUUUUUGGCAUGAUAUUCCAAUCCCUUCCUAAAGAAUCAAAGAUGGACGAGCCAACAGACACCAGAAACAAUAUGCUCUCGAUCGUUGGUCAUUCGAACGCUCGGUGGGAUGACCUAUUUUGUCGUAUUCACUUCACCGAGGGCGCCAGAGGGACAGUCAUAGCGCGUGGAGACGAAUACUUCGCAUACAGAACCCUUGAUCAUGACCAACAGCCUUUAGAGAACCUGGUAUUCAAACCUAGAACAGAUCUAAUGGCAUCACACGUACGCCCAGUUUUGGACUACGGCACUGUCAGGAUCUGGAAUAUUCGCAACGGAGAGAUUCUCUAUCAAUUUGAGCUCGUUGAGGAUAUCUUCUGGCUGAGUUUCUACAAAGAUUAUCUUUUGGCUGUGGGGCGGCGCGGGGGCUGCAUUUCAUCUUGGAGCCUGGCUGAUGGAUCGCCCCAAGCUGCUCAGGCAUUCGAUGACCUUCGAGGAGGAAGCGCGGUUAGAAAGCGAGGAAGUGUUUCUUGCAUAUCAAUCUCGCCUGACUGGAAAACAUUAGCUGUCGCUUACCACAGCGUUGACAACAAAUGCUGGCCUAUUACGCUCUGGGGCCUCGAAGACGAAACAUACAUUGGGAGAUGUGGAAAAGAAGGCGGUGAAAUGGAUGUCCGAUGUCUUCUUUUCAAUCCAGAUCCCAAUUGUGGACUCCUCGCAGUAUAUUACAAUUCGGAUCCCGAUGGAGAACUCAUUAUUCUCAACACCUCUACCAAUAUAACCCUCCAAUCGGUCCCGGUAGCGAAGGGUGUCAAAUGUCUCUCGUCUAGUUCUGAUGGCCAUAUACUCCUGCGUACAUGUAAAGUACGCGACAUCGUCGUUUAUGAAUUCAAGACGUUAAAUGUGCUAUACUACAUUACGACAGAAUAUUUGGGUUACCACUCCGCUAUCUUCGGAAACGAUAAUCUACAUUUUUUUGAAUUCAACGAACGCUAUUGUAACGUGUGGGAGCCGGUAGUGCUGAGCCAACGCCGGCCGCCGGGCACUGCCUGGAGUAAGCCCACUGUGGAGUCUGUGGUGGCCAAAGGACUACUUUGGAUUUGCUCCAUGACCGUUGAUUCAACUGGGAAAUUUGCGUUUUGCGGCACCAACGAACCAACGAUGCCUCUGUUCUCCAAUAUGAGCUGGAGACUGGAAGCCUGGUGUGUCCGUUCUACAAGAUCGGUGACAACGUUGUCCAUGCUGUUGCUUUUAAUUAGCCCAGACGACGGGAAAUGCCUUCUUGCAACCAAGAAAAAUUCCUACCUCGUAUCUGUUAUUGGGGAAAUACAGGUUAUAAAGGAAUUUGGCCCGGUACAAUGGAUUCAACAUCCGUUCUCACCACUUCAUAUCAUCAGUGUGGCAGAAGGGACUGGGAGCGGAACGAGUGUCAUUAGCAUACACACCUGGAGUGACUUGGCGCUCCUAGCCUCUGCUCACCUUGACGUUGACCUCUGCCCUUCUCAAACCUCACCUACGGACUUUUAUACCACAUACGGGAAUCAAAUGCUUGUCCACUUGAGAAACCCCGAGGCUGGUGAUCUGAAACCCGCAUACUGUUUCGACUGGUCGUUUCUAGAAGCUGGCAUCGGCCCAGACGAGUUUGUCCUACCGUACAUAGCGCCUAUUGCCCUAUCGGAUGCUAUCUAUCUAGUGCUCGGGAUUUGUGAAUCGAAACUCGUUUUCUGCAAUAAGGAUGGAUGGGUCUGUUCUUCGCCACUAGAAAACAUCCACGGGCCCUACCAGCGCCAUUUUUUUAUUCCUAGGGACUGGAUUGACGAGAGUCGUGCUCUAUAUGCUGUCACAGCGAAAGGUGAUCUAGUAUUAGGUCGGGGGAUUGAGCUUGCGGUUGUCAAGCGUGGUCUAGAAUAUGUAGACAGGUCUGAAGAAAUAGUUGAGGUUCUCGACUUCAAGUCUUUGUCACCAUCCAUUGAAACUCUGGUCGAGAAACACACGGUUAACAUGGUUUCUAUGACGAUACGAAUAGGAUAG